UUUUUAAUAAUUUUUUUAUAUUUACUUUUCUCGCCCCUCGCUGCAGUUUGACUCUUUUUAAAUCCUGGUUUCCUGGGGCUGCACCUGAUGCCCCUCCCUCCUCUUCCUCCUGCCGUCGUCGCAUCUAUCCCACCAUCCUCCUCCUCCUCUUCCUCUCCGUGCUCCAGCGGUCCGGUCCAGGACGCCGAACCGGUCCUGCCAUACAGGUUCCGGUCCACCACCGCACGCGUCCCCGGGGCUCACAAGGUGAAUCCGGACAUCAGGACUUCUGCAACGGGCCGCCAUGCAGCUGCCACCGGGGAUCUAAGGGACGCUCCUCCUGCGCCACCAGAACCAGAACCAGGACCAGGUCCGACAGCGGAGCCCUCUUCCCAGGGGAAACCACCACAUGACCGUCUCAAAGAUGACAUGGCGUCCUCAGUACCGCAGCUCCAAGUUUCGCCACGUCUUCGGGAAAGCUGCCACUAAGGAGAACUGCUACGAUGGCGUGCCGAUCACACGCAGCGUCCAGGACAACCACUUCUGUGCCGUCAACCCUCGUUUCGUCGCCGUCAUCACCGAGUGUGCUGGGGGAGGCGCCUUCCUGGUGCUGUCGGUCCAUCAUACAGGUAAAGUGGACCCUCACCACCCUCGCGUGUCGGGCCACAGAGGAAACGUCCUGGACGUCAAAUGGAACCCCUUCAAUGACUACUGCAUCGCCUCCUGCUCCGAGGACACCACGGUGAAAGUGUGGGAAAUCCCCCCUCACGGCGUGCUGAAGAACCUGACGGUGCCGUGGAAAGAGCUGCAGGGUCACAGCCGCCGGGUGGGCCUCGUCGAGUGGCAUCCGACGGCGAACAACAUCCUGUUCAGCGCCGCCUACGACUACCAGGUGAUGAUCUGGAACCUGGACUCUCCAGAACAAGUGAUAAAGAACCCCGUCCGGACCAUCAAGCACCACACAGACGUAGUCCUGUCCAUGUCUUUCAACACAGACGGGAGCCUGCUGGCCACCUCCUGCAGGGACAGGAAGGUCCGGCUGAUGGACGCGCGCUCAGGGAAUGUGCUGCAGGAAACAAACUGCAAAACGCACAAAGCCAGCAAGGUGCUGAUUUUAGGAAACAUGAAGAUGCUCUUCACAUCCGGCACCUCGCGCUACAACGACCGACAGAUAGCUCUGUGGGAUCAGGACGACCUGUCGGCGCCUUUGUUGCAGGAGAACCUGGACGGUUCCUCGGGGGUUCUGUUCCCGUUCUACGAUCCUGACACGCACAUGCUCUACCUCGCCGGGAAGGGGGACGGAAACAUCAGGUACUACGAGAUCAGCUCAGAGAAGCCCUACAUCCACUUCCUGACCGAGUACCGCUCACAGUCGCCUCAGAAAGGAAUGGGCGUGAUGCCAAAAAGGGGCCUGGACGUCAGCUCCUGUGAGGUCUUCAGGUUCUACAAAGUGGUGACAAUCAAGAGUCUCAUUGAGCCUCUUUCCAUGAUCGUACCCCGCAGGUCGGAGUCGUACCAAGAAGACAUCUACCCGAUGACGGCAAGUAACAGACCAGCUCUGACUGCCGGGGAGUGGCUCGCUGGAGUCAACAAAGGACCGGUUCUCAUGUCUCUGAAGCCUGGAAGUGAGCUGAUGGAGCCUGCGUCAGAGAUGAAGGGCCUGGCAAACUCCCUGGACACUCGCAGGUCUCACAGCAGACCGGGUCUGCUGCAGCUCUCCUACAUUCAGGAUCAGCUGGAAGCCACUAAAGAGGCGGGCGAUCGGGCCGAGGACGACCGGACUCGGACGCCUGUGAGCAACGGGGAGGACCUGCCGCUUUGUUCGCCUCCAAUGACAGAAAACGAGCUGCGUAUGAAGUUCAUGAAGCAGCAGGAGGAGAUCCGACGGCUGAAGGAGCUCCUCAACCAGAGGGACGUGCGCGUCAAACAGCUCGAGCUGGAGAUCAAGAACAUCAAGAACUCCCAGAUGCAGAGCUAACUUUAAGAGCGCCCCGAUGAGCCGAGCGAGCCGCUUGCUGACGGGACCAACCAGCUCAGACCGCCGAACCAGAACCGGCCCGGCUCUCCUGAGACUCAAAACCUCGACUUUGUGUUUUCGGCCAACUCGACACUCGGUGCACAUAUUCCUCCUUCCUGUACAUAAACUUUUAAAGCUGCCCCUUUUUACCUCUACCUACCCUGGUUCUUUUGUAAACUUCACAGCUAUGCAAGUUUACUGUAAUAUUUUGAGCUUUUUUAUUCCUCCUGUAGCUGACUGAUAAACGGAUGUUUGACUCCAAAUCGUCCGUCUGAGAGCCAACAUCGCUAUGAUAAUUAUUUUUUUUUUACGUUUUCCUGUAUUUAAACUGCUGUAAGUGGACACGGCUGUGGUGUUGAAGUCAUGAAUGUGAGCUUGAAUGUGAAAGAGCAAAACGAAUGACCCGCCUGUCCCUCCUGUGCUCUGCCUUCCCAGAAAGCUGCAGUUCUUCUUACUCCAGCUCUUAUUUUGAAAUCGUCUAGGACCAGAUACAUUUUUUUUUUUGCAGGAGUAAAUGUUUAAGCUAAAUCUGCAACUGAUGCCACGGUUUGAGUUUUUAAAACCUGAUUCUUAUAUUUAUUUUUUAAAUGCGGGCGGAAAAUACACGUUUAAAUCGGCAAUUUGAUCUGAUUUUUGGCAAAUAUAUGAAGACAAAAUCUAAAGCAAGCACCCAAAUCCUGUUUUUAUUUUCUUGCUUUGAAAAACUUCUCGACUUAUGAUUGUCUCCUUUCAUUUCUGCUUUGCUUAAAUCUUGAAAGCUUUAAGGUAAAACGCCGUCUGCUGCGAGAAUGUAGAGAACUAUAGGUUCCUCAGAGGCUGAUGGGGUUCUACCAACAUGGGCAGUCCAGACCCAUAUUCCAGUCAUAUUCUAUAGAUUUUAUUAUUAUUGAUGUUAAUUUAGUUGAGUAACUCAGUUCUCUUAGUGCAACAGAUUAUAUAGCUUAAUUAAUUACACACAUGGAUGUUUUCAAGCCUUCAUUUCUGUUAAUUAUGAUUAUUUUCCACUCACGGCCAAUGAAAACAUGGUAUUUAGCAUUAGAAUAUUACAUCAGACUAAUAAACAAGCAUUUUAUUACAGAAAA